UUUACGGACUUACGCGCGGGAACGGGAGUGAUGCCCGCGGCGUGUUAACGGCGCGCACGUGCCUGUCAGGCGAGUAACCCGGCCGGGCCGUGAGUCCCGAGCACCUUCUCCGCUCGCUGAUUUGGCGGUGAGCACGUGCUGACACCCCUGCACUUCAGGGCUUCUCUGCCAGGAGUGCCCGUGUCCCGGAGCGGGGCGUGGGGGGCAGCUGGGCCACAGGAGCCCCGACUGGCAGAGGUCGCCUCCUGGCUCCCAGGCCUCCCACCUGGCGGCGGCCCAGACCCCCAGGACGAAGGGCAGAGUCUAGUUUGUGACUGUAAAGUCCUUUUGCCUGGAAAACGAAAUGCUGAAAACCGAUUUUAGAAUCUUUGUGCAAAUGGCCAAAGCCGGUGGCGUGGCCGGGGCAGGGGGUGAAUAGAGCUUUCAACACAAACCCUCUCCCUGCGUGUGUCCGUCAGCUGGAAGGCAGGUGCUCCUGGUGCAGGCCUGUCCACCACCCCGACUGCAGCGGGUUGCGAUGGGGGAAGCUGCAGCGGGAAGGGCCACAACUUUGAGCUGGAAUGGGAGGCGGGGGCCAGGCGAGCCAGCACCUGCCCCAGGAGAGGCCCAGCUUCCCUUGCACCUCCCUGUGCUCAACUCUAGAACUGCUGGGAAAAUCAGUCCAUUUGGGGGGAUUGUCCUAGGUCAGGAGACACGAAGCCCCUUAGGCUUCGCAGACUGGGAGGGUCAGGCAUUGUCCCAGCUACUCAGCCUCAGGAAAAGUGCGUGGAGACCCUGGCCCCACUGGCAGAUUAGCAGAGAACAAGGACAGCCUCACCCGACUUUUUCGGAGAAGCAUUUCAUGCAACCAGAGCGACCCCCGUUCUUUAGCGCCAGGGCUGGCAGAAGGGCGCAGCCCUGUGAGCGUGCCUGAGCCCGGGCCACUGCACCCACAGGGAGAAUGAGCUGCUCAGCCCUCUCCACCCAGCCAGGAGCCGUCCAAGCCACCUCAUGCGGCCUUGCUUCCUCCUAGGUGUUGCUGCUCACACCAUAACGUGUUGCCAAAAGCGCUUGGAGGUGCAUGAGCACAGCACGCUCGCCUGAGGACACCAGGGCCAAGCAGCCAGAGAGCAGGGGCACGUGUUCCCACAAGCACUGACGCCCAGGCCGAGACAGCGGGAGAUCAUGGGGCAGGGGCUCCGCUGCUGCCUGCCCCCUGUCCCACUUGCUGGGCUGCCUGCGUCCGGUCUCCUGCGCCCGCGUUAGAGUCUGUCCAGUCUGCUGAGGGCUCCAGGAUUCGCUCCCAUUUGCCUGAAUCAACAAUGAGCCUAGUUUGCCCCACAGCAACCAAAUCCUCAGAUGCCUGAGAGGCCAAGAUACUGGAGGCCGGACAGAAAGAUGGGGUGGGGAGUACAGGGCAGGGAGGUGGUUUGUUCCUGAGUCCUGACACUGCGUGCCCCGGAAACGCGCCUGCUUCCUGCCCCCCUCCCCCCCUUGCUGAGCCCUAAGCACAUGGAGCUGCAGAAUCUGAUGGGGAUGCCCAGGCCUGGACCCCUUCAGCCCUGGCGUCUGAUGUCUGCCUCUGGGCUCCCCACCUCCAACUGUGCCAGACACGCCCCACAGCUCCAGAGCUGGGUGUGCGCGCCUCCCCCCAACCGCGGGGAAGCUGGAAGCUGGAGGCCUUGAGCAAGCUGGCCUGGGGAGAGUUUGCUAAUGGCCAAUCCUGGUCAGACCUCACCCUGCCUUCGGGCCGGGCAAGCCGGGACACCUGCCCUGGUGGCCGUCUGGGCCAGGACCCCGUGACACCAGGCCUGUUCCUGAGAAACAAACUCACUUCCUCCACUCACUCAGCCUCCUCCCUCUGCAAAUAUUUGUCUGAGCCCUUAUCAAGUUUCGCUCCCAGGCUUCUGUGCAGUGAGAGUGGGGAGGAGCCUGGGCAUGUUCACCCACAGUCACUCCAGGCCUCAGUUUCCCCUUCUGCAAAUCAUGGCAGUACCUCCAGAUGGUAGGUUCCCCCACCCCAGUCUCACCUCUCUCUCCUGCCCCCUGCCAGGGCCACUCCCAGACGUCCUUUGGGCAGAUGAUGGCAGAAGCCUGGCCCUGUGUGGCCAGAGGCUCCUGACCCUGCUUCCAGCCUCCCCCUUCUCACCCGCCAGCCGCCAAGCAGGCCUCAGAAGAGCCAACCCCACUGUGAAUGUCCAGCUGAAAGGCCCACCUGUCCAGCGGGGCCCGCUGGAGGCGUGCGCCACCUCUAGGAAAGUGGCCGCGCUGGGGGCAGGGAGCAGGGGGUGCUUGUGCUCCCUCCAAGCCCACCUCGCUCUGCAAACUCCGCUUCCUCCGCCAGGGCGGCUGAUGGCCCCGUUCUCCUUGCCCCUGGGCCCUCCUCUGUUCCAUUCGCGUCUCCCUCACCGCGCCCCUCUGAGGUCAUCCGGAGACUCCCACCGGGCACCCUGACCCAGAGCAGGGGCCCAGCUGCCCCACACCGAGUCGAUGCCCGGACCCAGGCUGGCUGGGCCCAGCAACCCAGCAUCUUCUCCAGCCCAGACGCAGAGGAGAGCAUGAGCCAGUCCCCCACAGACUGUACCCAGCCGCCCCACUGCUCUGGCCCCCGGCCCCCCGACCCGCCUGGACCCACGGGAGACACGUCCUGCCCGCCCGUGUCCCCGGUGACAUCCAAAGACUGCAAACUUGACCUAGACCCCUGCCUUGAGGCCAGAGCUGCCUUCACCUUGCCCAACCCUGGUGACCGUGUGGGUUCGGGGAGUGACUCUGAGGGGUGAUACCUCAGGGUGGGGGCGCAUAAUUCCAGCAUCUAUUCAAGCACUGCCUCCCCCCACCGUGAUACAGCCCCUCUGCUAUCUAUUCACACGGGGCAAUAACCGGAGAGGACAGAGCCACUCACUCGUUAUUCAUUCAACAAACACAGCGCCCACUCGCCCCAGGAACGCCACUUGUCCCCCAGGGUGGGGACUCCGCUGCAAUCCAGCGCUGACCUCUGCUAAAAACAAACAACAAAAAACCCAGACGGCCCCAGAUGGAAUCCCAAGCUCAGCCCAAAGAGGCUCAGGCAGAUACAGCCCCCCCAGGAAUGCGGUCCCUCCCCUUCAGGUUGGGCAGAACUUUCCAGUCAGCACAGCACCAUGAGGUCAUCCUUCCCAUCCCCCAGGGGGAGGCGAGCCACCGGCCAAGCAGACCCCUGCCCCCACCCCCAGAGGCCUGCACCCCCUGGCCCCAGCCAAGCCCUCUGCUUGUGAAGGCCACCCCGGGGGCGCAAACCCUUCCCCCCUCUGCCUGGACUGCCCACCGGGCGUGCAGUCUCAAGGAGAGCUUGUCAUGAAGCCCAUCAGUGCUUUAAAGGUGCUUGUUGCAGUUGUCACCCAACACCCCAGGACUCCAGAGAAGCACAGGAAAGUGUGGGUGCUCUUCGGUGGGGGAGGUUUCCAGACCAGAGGUUGCAAGGAGCGGCUGGGCAGCACAGCGGGGGCGGGGCAGGGCGGGUGACCGUGGCUCCCCGGCCCACCCUCUGUGUCAAUAUGUGGCUGGGCCUUAUUAAGGGCCCCAGCCGCGGCCCGACACUUCCUCGCCCGGCAGCAUGACGGAGCUGGAGACCGCCAUGGGCAUGGUCAUCGACGUCUUCGCCCGCUACUCCAGCGUGGAGGGCGACAAGCAGAGCCUGACCAGGGGCGAGCUGAAGGCGCUCAUGGAGAAGGAGCUCCCCGGCUUCCUGCAGAGCGGGAGGGACAAGGACGCCGUGGACAAGCUGCUCAAGGACCUGGAUGCCAACGGAGAUGCCAGCGUGGACUUCAGCGAGUUCAUGGUGUUCGUGGCCGCGCUCACGGCAGCCUGCCACAACUACUUCGCGCAGUCAGGACUCAGCUGACGCCCGCAGGCCCGGACCCCGAGGGAGCAGAGCCUUCCCCGGCUUCCCGAAAGCCCUCUUUGGGGCUAUUUCCUUGGGCUGAACAGUUGCCCUCUGGUUGAAUAAAAUGCUUGUGAAAUGAUCCUAGUCUCAGGGAAAUGUGACUUCCUUAAAACCUCAGCAGCCGCCCUUCCCAAUAAUCACUAACUAGUCAC